ACUUCCCUCGAGCUCUCCUCUCCAGCCCACCUGAAGCCCUUCCCCUCUUCCGCUGCUGCUCCAUCUGCCUACCAGUAGUACAACCGUAAUUCGAAGUGCAGCGUUUGCAGCCAAGUGUCGUCCGCCCUAGCCACUUCCCUUACUCUUCACUCGCGCACGCACGAUGGCGUCGAUUCGCAACCCAACCUUCCUCCUGCUGGCGCUCCUCGCAGUGGCCACUUUCGCGUCCUUCGCUUCCAGCCAAACGGAGCCUUUCCUCGUCACCAAGGCGCGCACAACCAGAGCGUACGCCGUAAACUGCACCCGCGACUCCGCCAAUGCGAACGCAACCGCGGUGCUGAGGGCGCAGGACGUAGUCAAAGCCAACGCGACUCUCGUGAACGCGACCGCCGCGUACAACGACGCGCUGCCGCUCGUCAACCGCCUCAAGGUCGUCCUCGCGAACAAGAUCGCGGCGAAGAACGCAACGGCCGCCGCGAUUCCCGCGCUGCAGAACAUCACGGACGAGGCGCAGGCGGAGCUCGACAAGCUCGUCGCGCAGGGCACGGACGUCGACUCGCUUACGCAGGCCGUCGACGACGCGAAGCGCCGCGUCGACAUGACGUCGCAGCUGGUCGACGACCAGCAGGGCGAGGUCGCCGACGCGAACAUCGACGCGAUCGACGCGGCGAAGAAGGCGGCCGACUCGAGCCUCACGGGCGCCGCGCUUUCCGCGGCGCAGACGGCGCUGAACGACGCGAUGGCGGUGAAGGCCCAAGCCGUGUCGAUUCUGAACGACAUGGUCGACCAGGCGAACCGCGCCGUGGCGUUUCUCCAGAAGAGGCAGGACGACCUGAACAACCCGGACUCGGUCCAGGCUGCAGUUCUGGCGCAGAAGCAGGCAGUGGCGGACGCUCAGGCGGAUCUUGACGCUGCCGUUGCAGCGGAUCAGGCGGCGGCGACGGCGGUCACGCAGGCGCAGUUCGACGUGAGCUACGCGAACACGUCCAUCCCUGCCAAGUCGGCGAAUGUUUCGAACGCGAAGAUUUUGUUGAGCAAGGCGGUGACUGCGAAGACCAGCGCGGAUAACAACGCGACGCUGUGGACGCAGAAAGCUUACAAUGCCACUGUUGCUGCUCAGCAGGCUGAGGCGGCUGCCAAGGCUGCAGGUUACACAUGGGUGUGGUGAGUGCUGCGGCAGGGGAGAUUACAGCACAGAGUUGAAUGGCGUUGUCCUGCACAUCCACGAGUUUCCACCACCCAAAUAAAGUGCAUGGACAUAUUGUAUGCUUCCCAAGAAAUAUUGUUUCAUUCCUAGCUUUGUCUUAACGUUAAUGAGA